AUGUUGGCCUUUUCAAGAAACGAUAUGAAAAUUUGGAAUCUCAAAUUUUUAGCAUUUGAAAAGCGAAAAAUAACAAUCAACGUUGACAGCAACGUAUUUGCAAGAACUGUGUCAAACAACUUUGGCAACAUGCAGCAGAAUAACUUCAAUAUGCAAAUCUUACUAACAUUGUCAUUGGUUUUGCUGACAGGAUUACCUCUUGCACUGAGUCAAUGUCCGAGAGGUAGUACGGUACUAAAUGGUUAUCGAUGCAGUUCAAAUAUACAAUGUCAAAAUAUAUCACCUAACUAUUUUUGCAAUUCAGGAGUUUGCUGUUCCAUUCGUUCUGAUACUGUUUCUACGGUAUCUUACGGUGGAUACUGUACGAAAUCCGAACAAUGUAAUUCAGUGGGGGCAGUUUGCAUAUCACAUAUUUGCCAAUGCGCUCCUGAUUCUCACUAUAAUGGUAAUUCAUGUGUUUCAACACUAAUUUUUUGUCCAUCAAAUCAAAUUUUAAUAAGUGGCAAAUGCUAUCGAAAAGUAAGCUAUGGAUUUCUGUGUAGCUAUACCCAACAGUGCGGCUAUAUCGGUGCUUUUUGUACAGAUGGAAUCUGUCGUUGUCAGAAGAAUUAUACAUUUGAUGGCAGUAAAUGUAUUUCACGUUUUCAAAGAUGUACUGAAAAUCAAGUAAGCAUCGAUGGAUACUGUUAUGCAGUCUCAGGGCUUGGUCAAUCUUGUGCUUACUCUCAGCAGUGUAUUGAUCAGUGGUAUCGAUCACUGCAAUGCAUUAAUGGUUAUUGCGUGAUCAUCUUGAAUGAUGAAUCAAUGCUUAUGAAUCCUUUACAAUAUUCAGCAACUUGCAAAGACGAACAUGCUAAAGUAGAAUACGUGAAUGGUACAAUAAAAAAUUGUUUAUAUACGCCAUGUACAGUGGGUUACUUUUGCGAGUACAACAAAUAUCACAACGAUGGACAGUACAUUUGUUGUGGUACAAACGCUAACGAUAUAUAUGGUAAAGUGAAAGUUUACCCUGGUACUAACAAUCCAUUACUGUGUACAUCCUUGAGCAGUUGUACAUUUGUGGAUACCCCAAACUGCGUAAUGUCAUAUCGAUAUGGCCACAAAGUUUGUUGCUCUACGAUGAACUGUUAA